AUGCGCCGCCGCUCCACGAGCUCGUUCCUGUCCGGGGCCGUGCGGCGUUGGAGCUCGGCCGCGGCGGCUCCCGCGCGCCCUUCCAAGACGGAGCAGCGGCAGAGCUCGCCCACGGCAGCUCCCAGGCAUCCGUCCGGGGCGGAGCAGCGGCGGAGCUCACUCGCGGCGGCUCCCGCGCGCCCGUCCUGGGUGGAGCGGCAGCGGAGCACGCCUGCGACGGCUCCUGUGUGCCCGUCCUGGGCCGAGCUGCAGCAGAGCUCGCCCGUCCAGGGCGCGGCCGCCGCCGGCCUCGCGCGCUCGCUGGUGCACACGCCGCCGCCGGCGGCGGCCUCGCGCCCUCGCCGAAUCCGUCCAGCGGGGCGAAGAAGGGGCAAGCGGCCGGCUCGGACGAGCUCAGCCAUGGCACGGCCGCUCGAAGAUCGAAGCUCGAGCCCUCAUCGCCGCCGGAGGGAGUAG